AUGUCAGUUGCUAAGAAGAAAGCAAUACGCGCUAAAGCCGAGUCUAGGAAGUGCGCUAGACGUCUCUGGAGGCUCUUUCCUCACCUGCUGCUGUGUCUGUCUCUGGUCGCCUACGCUGCGCUGGGUGCGCUCAUCUUCCAGUACAUAGAAGGACGCGGCGAGUCCAUUGACCAGGAGAAGUACCAUGGGUUCCUAGGGGAGAUUAUCAGCACCGUGCAGAACCUCACCGGCAACCACUCUUUCACUAAUCAAUCCAUACUGGAUGAAGUAGAGUAUAAGAUGAGAAACGAAUUCAAGUCCAUAUGGCUCCAGAGACCUGACAGGUGGGACUUCUUUGGCUCUAUGUUCUUCUGCUGCACUGUAUUCACCACGGUUGGGUAUGGGGAGAUCUAUCCAGUUACCCUGUCUGGUAAGGUGGUAUGCAUUUUGUAUGCCAUGGUGGGCAUCCCUCUUAUGCUCCUGGUCAUCCUCGAUGUGGGAGACUUCCUUGCUAUGCUUAUGUCCAGAGCCUACGUACGCAUUCACAGCCUCUGCAAAAUGCUCUUCUCCCACACCUGGUCGCCGCUGAAGGCUCGUAAGAAGGCAGUGGAGUCUAAGCACUGUGUCCUGAAUGAUGGAACCUUCGUUUUUAGCCACGACGUUGUUAUCCGUGAACCCCUUGACAUCCGGCAAGUGCUGCGCAGCCAGGAAGACGUGCGGCAGAAGUCAAUCCAGCUCCAAAACAACAAAGAGAUCUUCGAGAAGAUUCUUGCCAGGGAUAAUUUACUCAGAAAGGGCCCAAUGCUCAGGACCCUCUCCUGUCCAGAGCUGAACCGGCUGCCACCCCCACCCAAAGGAUAUGUCAUAUGGGACUUCUCAGGGUUAGGGGAUGGGAUGGAAAUGCUGGAUGUUCCCUUUGUGCUGAUUCUUUUAGUUGUGUUUGCCUACAUUUCAUUUGUAGGUUUCAUCCUGCCGUAUUGGGAAACUGAAAUCAAGGGCUUUGACCCCUACUACUUCUGCUUUAUCACACUCACAACCAUAGGAUUUGGCGACAUUGUACCCAAUCAUCCCAAGUAUUUUAUGUUUACCUCACUCUUCAUCAUUGCUGGCAUGGCCAUCAUGUCCAUGGCUUUUAAACUGGGCCAAACACGAAUUGUAAGCUGCUACCGCCAGUUCAUAAAGUUCAUCAGCAGGGGAAAUGUGGGGACUUUCAGAGGGAAAGAGAAUGACUAAGUCAUCAUGAGAAAAUCUGCCUCAUGUCCAUGAGUUGAAUAGGCUCACAGUCCUGGCUUUGAAACUAAACAGGACUCUGUGGGAAGGCCUGCAGUGAAUUAAUUUGUUGUGCUGGUUGUUUGGCUAUAAGCAUGAGAAUAGUCAAAAAUGUGCAUGUGCCAAACGCUUUUGCCAAGUGAAGGAUGGUGAUAUUCAAAAUGAUUCCAAUAAGCGAAACUUCAAACUCUGCCUAUCUACAUAGAUACAGCAUCGUGCCAAGGAAUCACUUAGUUGCACUGCAUUAAUGCUCUUCAAACUGCUACAGAGGAAGGACACAUUAGUGGACUCGGAACCAUGGAACACACUGCCAGGAAAGUUGUAAUGUGCUUACUUACAUGUGGUAUCACACAAGAAAGAUAAAGAAAAAACAUGUCACAGACCAGAAGGUUCAGAUACGAUGUGUGAAAUGAAAUGAAAUGAUGCUGUGUAACAACAUAAACAUUUAAUCUCAGUAAAAUUAAAAGAGUACAAUUGGUUUUCAUUUGCUACUUUAUAAUAAUAUGAUAAAAUUAAAUUGUACAGCACUUUUCAAAGUACAGUUAAAAGUACAUGUUGAAACAGGGCUCAAAAAUUUUUGAACUAAGCCAAAUACAAUUAGGCGAUAAGAAAUGUAGUUAAAGAUUUUUAAUACAGCAUUAAAACAAUAAUAAAAUAAUAGAUCAGACAUGUAGUUAAUAAAAGGGAGUACUAAGAUUUAUAAAAGGCAUUUUUAAAAGAUAUGUUUUAUGAAAUGAUUUAAAAAGUGUCACACUAAAAGCCUCGGAUCCUCGUGCAGGGAAUACCGGAGCUGAGUCUUGACUGCAAAAGCCUGUUCACCUUUAGUCUUGAGCCAGGAUGUUAGAGCAGACAGCAGAGCCUGCCGGAGGAUCUGAGGCUCUGCUCCACUAAUAGAAGACAGCCAUUCAGCAAUGCAUCUGGAGGCUGAGCUAUGAAUUGCUGGAUAGAUUAGUAGAACGUUAAAACUGACAGGUAAGCAGUGAGAGAGGCUUGAACUCGGGUGAUUUGGUCUUGUUCUGUAGUGCUUGUUAAAAAAGCUUAGCAGCUGAAGAUGCGACACUUUUAUGGCUAAGCCCUUAAGGAAUGAAUUGCAGUAAUCUAGGUGGGAUGAAAUGAAAGCAUGGCAGAGGGAUUUUUUACUUUUGAAAAAAAUUACUGAACU